CGGCCUGAGAAAGCGAACCAAUGGAGCGCCGACUCUGCAAGCUGAAGCCCGCCCUGCCUUUGCAUCCGGAGACGCGGGCUGUUCGCGUGGUCUCUGCUCCUGCCACUUCCCUCGCAGUCUCUUUAGCACCAUGGACGCCACCAAGCAAGUGAUUAACUUUGGGCCCGGGCCUGCCAAGCUGCCACACUCGGUAUUGUUAGAGAUACAGAAACAGCUGCUAGACUACAAAGGACUUGGCAUCAGUGUGCUUGAAAUGAGUCACAGGUCAUCAGAUUUCGCCAAGAUUAUUGGCAAUACAGAGAAUCUUGUGAGGGAAUUGCUAGCUGUUCCCAACAACUACAAGGUGAUCUUUGUACAAGGAGGUGGGUCUGGCCAGUUCAGUGCUGUCCCCUUAAAUCUGAUUGGCCUGAAACCUGGAAGGUGUGCUGACUAUGUGGUGACCGGAGCUUGGUCAGCUAAGGCUGCAGAAGAAGCCAAGAAGUUUGGGACUGUGAACGUUGUCCACCCUAAACUUGGAAGUUACACCAAAAUUCCAGACCCAAGCACCUGGAACCUCAACCCGGACGCCUCCUAUGUGUACUUCUGUGCGAACGAGACUGUGCAUGGGGUGGAGUUUGACUUCAUACCUGACGUCAAGGGAGCUGUGCUGGUCUGUGACAUGUCCUCAAACUUCUUAUCCAGGCCAGUGGACGUCUCCAAGUUUGGUGUGAUUUUCGCUGGUGCUCAGAAGAACGUUGGCUCUGCUGGGGUGACGGUGGUGAUUGUCCGUGAUGACCUGCUGGGGUUCUCCCUCAGAGAGUGCCCAUCAGUCCUUGACUACAAACUGCAGGCUGGGAACAACUCUUUGUAUAACACACCUCCAUGUUUCAGCAUCUACGUCAUGGGCAUGGUCCUGGAAUGGAUCAAGAACAAUGGCGGGGCCACAGCCAUGGAGAAGCUCAGCUCCAUCAAAUCCCAAAUGAUUUAUGAGAUCAUUGAUAAUUCUCAAGGAUUUUAUGUAUGUCCAGUGGAGCACCAGAAUAGAAGCAGGAUGAACAUUCCAUUUCGCAUUGGUAAUGCCAAAGGAGACGAAGCUUUGGAAAAGCGAUUUCUUGAUAAGGCAGUAGAACUCAACAUGAUCUCCUUGAAGGGGCACAGGUCAGUGGGAGGCAUCCGUGCCUCUCUGUAUAAUGCUGUCACAACUGAAGAUGUUGAGAAGUUGGCUGCCUUCAUGAAGAAUUUCUUGGAGAUGCAUCAGCUGUGAACAGGACCAACCACACUCUUGCCUGUGUGCAACAUGCAGCGUUUAGAGUAACUUGGGAUUGACUACAGAAACUUAACAGACAUGGAUUUUUUCAAAUACAUGCUUAUUACAGAUUCCUUUUUCAGAGAAUAACGACUAAACAACGGGGCUCGGCGGGGCUGAGGAAACUAUCAGCUAAUGGCCACCUUCAUUCUUACGUGACUUGGAAACAUUUUGAAAGCUUUGCUUUUCUAAUGAAUUCAGCCUGUCAUCUUUGCUGCUCCUUUCUCUAAGUGGAUAGAAGGACUUGCCCUGGACUUUUCCCUGCUGGUUCCAACUGGUUAUUAUUAGGAGCGUAUCACAAGGAGGUUGAGAGGCCCUAUGUGCUGGAUUGACAGUUGUGAGUUUACUGGGUUCUGCAGCUGUUGGUUAAAGUCAACAGCAACUCCUGAGCAUUUUGGAUCUGUAUACUGCUAGUCCCUUAAAGAGAUAGGUGUGAUAUGCUGUGUUUAUGUAGUGGGUAUUUUUUAAACACCAUACGGUUUUAUGCCUUUAUAUUUCUAAUGAAACAGUUCUGUAGAGGCUUUUAGAAUUUGUUCAGCCCAUGACUUUGUGCAUGACUGUCAUGUUAUGGACACUUGCACCCACCACCUACUGCCUUUUAAAGCUUCGUCAUGAGAGGGGUCUAGAAAUUCCGUGAUUCACUUUUUUUUUUUUUGCCACAAGUAGAAGAAAUGGUUGGUUCUUUGCUUUUCUGUUCGGUCGUUAAACAAAGCUCAGCUAUACCCUCACCCCCCAAGCCCCAAACUGUGAUUAUAUGCCUGUUUUUGCAGUUUGAACAGCGAGUGCAACACUAUACAUUCCAGAUCUUUGCUGAGGUCUUUUCUGGUUGUUCAUGUAUCAUUAGUGUUUGACUGUAUGAAGAACAUUAAAGUCCUAGUCACUCAAA